UCCGGAGCUGGGCUCAUGAUGGCGGCAGCCGCCGUAGCGGAGGUCAGCAGCGCCGGGAGUAGCAGCAGCGAUACCUCCAGCACGGGCGAGGAGGAGAGGAUGAGGCGCCUCUUCCAGACCUGUGACGGGGACGGGGAUGGCUUCAUCAGCAGGAACGACUUGCUGAUGAUGUGCCGCCAACUGAAUAUGGAGGAGUCUGUCGCGGAGAUCAUGCACCAGUUGGGAGCAGAUGAAAAUGGAAAAAUUUCCUUCCAGGAUUUUAGUCAGUGCCGCAUGGAACUGGUACGAGAAAUCAGGAAGGAGGAAGUGGAGCUUUCUGUGAAAUCGGAUGACUCUUGUAAAAAGAAAAAGUUAAGGGAUAGGAUAGCUUCCUGGCCAACUAGCAGCAAUAACAGUUUAGGUGCCUUAUCAGGAGCCAGAGAAAGCUGGGAGUAUGAUUCAGGAGCAAGAGACCUUCAGAGUCCAGACCUCCAGAGUCAUUUUACACUACAAAAGGUGUUGGAGCAUGGUGGAAGCAAUGUGACUCAACACGCUGCUCUGCAAAGACUUAUAGCUCAGGCCUCAAAUUUUAGCAACUCUGUUGGAGGAAGCUACUUAGAACUUGCCAACACUCUUCAUUUAGCAGCCCUGGCUUCAUUAAAGGGAGACAUAGUGGAGCUUAAUAAACGUCUCCAACAAACAGAAAGGGAGCGUGACCUGUUGGAAAAGAAAUUGGCAAAAGCACAGUGUGAACAAUCCCACCUAAUGAGAGAGCACGAAGACGUGCAGGAGCGAACAACACUACGCUACGAGGAACGAAUCACAGAGCUGCACAGUAUCAUUGCUGAAUUAAAUAAGAAAAUUGAUCGACUACAGGGAACAACAAUAAGGGAGGAGGAUGAAUAUUCAGAGCUGCGGUCAGAGCUCAGCCAAAGCCAGCAUGAGGUUAACGAAGACUCACGCAGCAUGGACCAGAAUUCUGUUUCAGUACCAGAGAAUCAGUCCACCAUGGUCACUGCAGACGUGGAUAACUGUAGUGACUUGAAUUCAGAACUGCAAAGAGUGCUGACAGGUCUGGAAAAUGUUGUCUGCGGGAGGAAGAAAAGCAGCUGCAGUUUAUCAGUAGCAGAAGUGGAUAGACAUAUUGAACAACUCACUACCGCCAGUGAACAUUGUGAUUUAGCCAUUAAGACCGUAGAAGAGAUUGAGGGUGUACUGGGACGUGACCUUUAUCCAAAUCUAUCUGAAGAGAGAUCUCGAUGGGAAAAGGAGCUAGCUGGCUUGCGGGAAGAGAAUGAGAGCCUCACAGCGAUGCUGUGUAGCAAAGAGGAGGAGCUGAACAGGACCAAGGCUACCAUGAACGCUAUUCGUGAAGAAAGGGACAGACUGCGUAGAAGGGUUCGUGAACUGCAAACACGUUUGCAAAGCGUGCAGGCAACAGGCCCAUCCAGCCCAAGUCGUCUGACUUCUGCCAAUCGACCCAUUAACCCCAGCACGGGAGAGCUGAGCACAAGCAGCAGUAGCAAUGACAUUCCCAUAGCCAAGAUUGCUGAAAGAGUGAAGUUGUCAAAGACAAGAUCAGAGUCUUCAUCAUCUGAUAGACCUGUCUUAGGAUCAGAAAUCAGCAGCAUAGGGGUGUCUAGUACAGUGGCUGAACAUUUGGCACAUUCUCUCCAAGACUGCUCAAACAUCCAGGAAAUCUUCCAGACUCUUUAUUCGCAUGGAUCUGCUAUCUCUGAAAGUAAAAUCCGAGAGUUUGAAGUGGAGACAGAGAGAUUAAAUAGCCGUAUUGAGCACUUGAAAUCCCAGAAUGACUUGUUGACAAUAACACUGGAAGAGUGCAAGAGCAAUGCUGAGAGGAUGAGCAUGCUUGUUGGAAAGUACGAGUCCAAUGCCACAGCCCUCAGGCUUGCAUUGCAGUACAGUGAACAGUGCAUAGAAGCGUAUGAGCUGCUGUUGGCAUUGGCAGAAAGUGAGCAGAGUCUCAUUCUUGGGCAGUUCAGAGCUGCAGGUGUUGGUUCUGUUGGGGACCAGACAGGUGAUGAAAACAUCACCCAGAUGCUUAAGAGAGCUCAUGACUGCAGGAAGACAGCUGAGAACGCAGCAAAAGCCUUGCUCAUGAAACUAGAUGGGAGCUGCGGGGGAGCCUAUGCGAUCACUGGCUGUAGCGUGCAGCCCUGGGAAAGCCUGUCAUCCAACAGCCACACAAGUACUACCAGCUCAACUGCAAGCAGUUGUGAUACGGAAUUUACAAAGGAGGAUGAGCAGCGGCUGAAGGAUUACAUCCAGCAGUUGAAAAAUGACCGGGCAGCAGUGAAACUAACAAUGCUGGAGCUGGAAAGCAUCCACAUUGAUCCCCUUAGUUAUGACGUCAAACCUCGUGGAGACAGCCAGAGGCUAGACCUGGAAAAUGCAGUGUUGAUGCAGGAACUUAUGGCAAUGAAGGAGGAGAUGGCAGAGCUCAAGGCACAGCUUUACCUGCUGGAGAAGGAGAAGAAGGCAUUGGAAUUGAAACUGAGCACUCGAGAGGCCCAGGAGCAGGCCUACCUCGUCCAUAUUGAGCACUUGAAGUCUGAAGUGGAAGAGCAAAAAGAGCAGAGAAUGAGGUCUCUCAGCUCAACCAGCAGUGGAAGCAAAGACAAAUUGGGCAAGGAGUGCAGUGAUGGCACCGCAACACCGUUAACACUAGCUGAGCUGAGACCGUACAACGAGAGUGAACUGACUGCUGAACUGACAAACGCACUCAGGCGGUAA